AUGUCUUCGUUUAAACCAGAUCUGACCAACAAAAUCUACCCGGAACCCUACACAUAUCCCUUAGGAAUCGACCAUUUUGACCGUUUGCCCGAUUCUAUCCUCCUCCUAGUCUUCAAUAAGAUCGGCGACGUCAAGGCCUUAGGCCGAUGCUGUGUAGUUUCGAAACGAUUCCACUCUUUGGUCCCUCAGGUUGAAAACAUCGUUGUUCGAGUCGAUUGCGUGAUCUCCGACGACGAAUCCUCGUCCUCCUCCACCUCUGCUUCCUCCGACAAGUCUCGAUCCCCAAUUUCCUGUCUCUUACGCUUGGUCUGUUGUAGCAUCAUCAAGCCCUUCCAAUCCCUCACCCAAUUUCUGGGUCCAAAAAGACCGGUGGGUCCAUCUUCAUCUUCCCUCUCCACCGACGAUGAUGACCUUGAUCAAAAUGGAGUGACCCAUCACUCUCCAACGCAAGUUCUCAAGAAUUUCAACGAGAUUCGAUACCUUCGGAUUGAAUUACCAAGUGGGGAAUUGGGAAUCGAUGCCGGCGUUCUGUUAAAGUGGAGGGCAGAUUUCGGUUCCACACUUGACAAUUGCGUUAUUCUUGGCGCUUCGUCUGUGAUUCAUGCCGGGCACAGUAAGUUUUUGGUCUCUGGGGAAACCCAUAGCGAUGAGCUUCGCUUGAUCAAUGGUGGAGCCAAUGGAAACGGAAACGGAAAUGAUGAUAAUGGAAGCAUACCCGAGUCGUUUUACACUAAUGGGGGGCUGAAAUUGCGUGUAGUAUGGACUAUUAGUUCUUUGAUCGCUGCUUCUGCUAGGCAUUAUUUGCUCCAGCCGAUCAUAGCAGAGCAUAAGACAUUGGGUAGUUUGGUUUUGACCGAUGCUGAUGGGCAAGGGGUGUUGUGUAUGAAUAGGGAGCAAUUGGAGGAGCUGAGAGUAAAACCAUUGUCAGCUUCUUCUGCCUCGAAGAGGACUUUGGUGCCGGCAUUGAAUAUGAGGUUGUGGUUUGCGCCACAUUUGGAAUUGCCCGAUGGGACUGUGUUGAAAGGGGCAACGUUGGUGGCAAUUAGGCCGAGUGACCAAUCACAGGUUGCUGUGAAGAAGGAGGUGGGUUGUGAUGGGUCAUGGGUUUCAGCCGCGUUUGAGGAGCCAUUUGGGACUGCGGCAAGGAUGUUGCUGAAGAGAAGGACUUAUUGUCUUGAGAUGAACUCAUUCUGA